AUGGAGAGAGGAGAUGGUGGUUGUGGUGGCGGUUUGUCACUUUCAGGGUUGGUUUGUAUGCUUGAGACUCGCUUAACGAUAUGUGAGGGUCAUGAUGGGACUGAAACAUCAAAUGGUGAUGUAUUGAUCUUUCCUGACAUGAUCAGAUAUAGGAGACUAACACAUUUUGAUGUUGAAACGUUUGUCGAAGAAGUUCUUGUGAAAGAUGGAGAAUGGCUUCCUGGAACCCCAGAAGCAUUGAAAGGUUCAUAUGUUUUUGUGUGUUCGCAUGGAUCCCGUGAUCGUAGAUGUGGGGUUUGCGGACCUGUCUUGGUCAGUAGAUUCAGGGAAGAGAUAGAGUUACAUGGUCUUCAGGGUAAAGUGUUUGUAAGCCCACUCAAUUGCUCACAUAUUGGGGGGGAUAAGUAUGCCGGAAAUUUUAUUAUAUUUAAUAGGUCGUGUGCGUACGGAGAAGUCACUGGGCACUGGUAUGGAUAUGUUACUCCAGAUGAUGUACCUUCAUUACUUCAACAGCAUAUUGUGAAAGGAGAGAUUAUAGACUCCUUAUGGAGGUAAUUGUUUCCUGUAAUGC